AAAAAGAAAAAAAAUAGAAAAAAAGAAAAAAAAUAGAAAAAAAGAAAGAAAAAAAUGGGUAACAUUUUAGGAUCAAGAAAAAAAUUACCAAAAGAAGAUUUAGAAUUUUUAAGAACGAAUACAAAUUUUACAAAAAAACAAAUUAAACAAUGGUAUCGUGGAUUUAUAAGAGAUUGUCCUUCUGGUCAAUUAAGUAAAAAGAAAUUUAUUGAAGUGUAUUCUGGAUUUUUCCCUGAUGGUGAUGCUGAAGAAUUUUGUACACAUGUAUUUCGAACAUUCGAUAAAGAUAAUUCUGGAAAAAUUGAUUUUAAAGAAUUUCUAUUAGCAAUUAAUAUUACAUCAGGUGGUAAACCAGAAGAGAAACUUGAAUGGGCAUUUCAAAUGUAUGAUAUUAAUGGUAAUGGAACUAUUGAAAAGCAUGAAAUGGUUGAAAUUAUCAAAACAUUUUCACAGGUUACUAAAGCUAACCAGUACAAAACGAUAUCUGUAGACAAGCAAACACAGAAACGUGACGUUAAUUCGUUUUAAAAAAAAAACUUUAGAUUUAUCAGCUAUUUGAUACGGAUAACAAAGUAUAAUGUCAUUCCAACAUCUUGUCAAUAUGAUUCUGUAUUGUCUGUUAUGAAGUAUUAACACAUUGUUAGCUAUUAACAGUCUAUUUACUCUAUGAUUGGCUAUUAUGCAUGUAUACUCAUAUUUCCAAAAUAUGAGAAAUGUAAACAAUUAAAUCAGUAUUAUAGAUUUAAACUUCCAUUUACAUAUGAAUCUUCCAAUAUGUUCAUACAUUGAAGUUAGUAGAUAGGAUAUCCUAGACAAUAAUUUGUUUCUUGAUAGAUGAUGUUCACUAAUAAAAACGUAUCUAUAAUCUUGACACCACUGAUACUCCAUAUAGAUUGCGAACGCAUGUGACUCAAUUUCAGGAUCCGAACUACUACUGACCCAUUAGGUUCGUGACUGAAUCUCUCAUUAUUAAUAUCUAUAUCAAUAUAUAUAUAUGAGUGUGAAAUGAAGUUAUUUGUUGUCAAGUAAUAAUAAAUAAGGUCUCUGAGAGUUGAACCUAGGCCAUCAUGGAAAACCUAGAAGCAGUGGAUGGCCGUUUCUUCCCAUUGUUGACAGUUAUUAGAUCGAGAACUGAUGAAAACUAGGAGGAGGGAGUGACAUCUCUGUUUUGCUCUAGUUCAUAAUAGUGAAUAGUUGUUUGAGCGUCGAAUGUAGUCAGCUUAAAAGCUUAAGCAUAGAUUAUGUAUCAGUUGACACUUAAUGAUAGAAUAUAACCUGGGGUGUUGAGAGGGUUGACAUUCACUUUGUAAUUCAAACUCUGCAUCA